UUGGGCUCUAUCUACAUAUUGACGCCAGACUUUCAAGGAAGUCUAGAUCUAGAGAAUCUCCUUAUGGCCGAGCACUGUAUGACGUAGCAGCAAUCGGAAUGACAGGACAUUGACCAUGUAGCACAUUAAUGUACCUAGACCUCUUAUAGACUAGACAGAGAUUUACCAUGUAGCACAUUAAUGUACCUAGAUCUCUUAUAGACUAGACAGAGAUUUCUUUUAGCGUGACCACAAUUACAUGUUUAGGUUGUUGGUUUGAUCUGCUCUUACAAACAAAAUGUCAAAACUAAUACACAAAAACGAGGACGAUAAAAACGUGCCGACCAAAUUCUUGUAUUGCAAAGAAUAUCCAACUGAAGGUAUCAGCCACUGGAAUGAUUUGACUAUACUCUCUCCCACUGCCGGUCAGAUCAUUACUGUCCUCUCGGAUGAGACAUUUCCGUUAGGUUUAAAAGGAAACAGAAAGCCCUGGAGCAGAGUUGGAAAGAGCGAAGAAAACAGCUCCAUAUUUAGAGACCUCAAGAAAACAUUAACGUCUGCUGGGCUUAAACGAGAUGGUUCAGAAGCGCGUCUUAGUAUCAACGAACAGUGGAAGGCAGUCAGUGACAAAGAAAAACGGAAAUCAAGGCUUGAAGCUUUUAGACUGAAAUCAAUCGUGCCAUCACAACGCAACAGCUUGCAUGAUGGUAAAGAUACAGAAGAGCAUGUUUUAGACGAGAACGAAGCAUUUUUACUCAGUGUUACACGUGAGUCUGGACACACUGUUGACACACUGUCAACAACACACGAUUGUUGA